GGGAUUUUCCCACCGGUUGUAGUUCAAAAUGUAAGUUAUUUGUGCAAUUUAUUGUUUCACAUGGUAAAGAAAAUAUCUUUAAAUAUACAAAUAUUUGUAUAUAUGUACUGUAUAUGUAUGUACUGUAUGUAAGUGUAUUGUGUGUGUAAGAAUUUCAGGGUAUAUACCUGUACUUUACAUUGUUCUUUGCUUACUUUUUCACAUGUGCAUGAAAAAUGUUAAACAAAGGGCCAACAUAAUUCCUGAAGCCUUGUGUCUCAGCACAAGGUAAUGCUGCUGCAGUUGACUGAGGGUUUUUAUUUUUAUUUUUUAUAUAUUUUUUUUCCAAGGAAUGAUGGUGAGAAGGAACCCUUUUUCUUCUUUUAUAUUUUAUUAUAAUUAAUUUUUCUGCUACCUCUUUUAUCAGAACCGUGUGAAAAUUGGAACAAUGAGCACUAUCUAACAGCAAAAGGCAAAUCGGCAUAUUUAUUUGUGAAGUGUUUCAUUAUGAUUUUGCAGUAUAGAUUUGUUUGUUUGUGCCACUCCAAAAAUAACAAUUAACAAUUGAUGUUAGUAUUGAUAAUCAUUGCUUUUUGAUAACAGUGAACUUGCUGAAUGGUCUGAGGAAUAUAGUCAGAUUGGUUUCCAGCUGCAAGAAAGAAUAUGACAUCUUUCUGGACAUAUUGAUACUGGAGUUCUUCCACAUGUGCACCUCAAAAAAUAUUUGGUUUUUCACUCCUCUGGAAGGCAACCUUUGGAUCCUUAAAGACAAUAUCAGUAUUGUAAGAUGCAUCAAAAUGUUAGUACAUUUGAAAAUGUAAACAUAUUGUAUUGUAAUGUUGGAGGAUGCACAUCUCAGUUGUUGUUUUUCAGGAAUAUUUGUGGUAUUGAUGCAACAGUUAAAUGGUGCACAUUUGGUUGCAGUCUUAAAGUGGCCUUUCAAAAAGAGACCAUGAUUUACAACAUGGUCUCCAUUCAUUUUUUUCUUCUCUCUACCACUUCGCUUACCUCAGCAACUUGUCUUCUUUGAUUCAUAUUUUCAAGAAGAACUAUUUAAAAACCUUCCUAAGGCUUGAAAAUAAUGACACAAAAUAUUAAUGAGCAAGCAAAGCUGGAUCUCUCAAGACUCACUGAUGAAGAGGCCAGACACAUCUGGCAGGUGAUCCAGAGGGAUUUUAACCUACGGAAAAAAGAAGAGACCAGACUUGGAAAUCUUAAGUCAAACAUACUGACAGAGGACACAAAGCGAAAUCUGCUGACCUACCAGUCCAACCUUAGCAACUCUUUCUGCAUAUAUUGCAUGCAGCCAUUUAAGUUCCUGCUCAAAAGAAAAUGUCAAUGCAAGAAAUGCAAAACCUUUACCUGCAAAGCUUGCAGCUGGUUCAACAAAAAAGAACGUGGCUGGUUGUGUGAUCUGUGCCAUAUGGCCAAAGUCUUGAUAAUUGGUCAAUUUGAGUGGUUCCAUCAGAAUGUAUAUGAUCGUUUUAAGCAAUCAGGCAGUGCAAAAGUGAUGAUGUCACUGUCCAACAAACUGCAUGGAGAUUUGGGGAGCAAUACAGAUCAUUUUUUCAGUUUGUUGUCCAUCCCAGAUGUAAGACACUCAAAAAGCACUGUGGGAGAAUGCUGCAAACAGCAAACUUUUUACUUCCUGCUGUCUCAGGCUGAAAGCGCAGAGGAAGCAUUGUCUUUAGUGGACCUAGUAGAGCUGGAGCUCAAGCAGAGGCUGAAGAAGCUAACUGAAAACAUCAGUGACAAAGAAAAAAGUUCUGAUGAAGAGGAGGACAAUCAAGGAAUAGAUUACAUGAAGCCUCUGAAAAGUAAACAGCCAUAUUUUUCCUCAGCCCUCAAAAGAAAAAGGGCAACGUCAGCUGAUAGCAACUUGUGUAGAAAUGAGCUGACCUCUUUGAGGUUUUCUGUUGAUAUUGAGAGACACUCUGUCACCCAAAGGAGGCUGAGUUUGUAUGAGUUCAGUACUGCAAGAUGUGAGCUGUCUCGAUUGGAAAAUGAAGUAGCAAUGGCAGUGGCUAGAGUCCAGAGUGCUCAAAGUGUGAUUUCAGACAUUGAACACAGAAUUGCUGCCUUAGGAAAGAAAUAUGCGUGAAAUUUCACCAGCAAAUGACUACCUGGAAUGACAACCUUCCCUUCCUCCAAAGAUGCUGUAAAUCACUCCUCCAGAUAUGAGAAGCAAAGAACCCAUCCACCCCAUAUACAGUGGUGCUCCAAGCUCAAACCUUUAAACAUGGAAAGUCAAC